AUGUUUUACAAUUGGUAUGGAUGUAUCAAUGGAUUUGCUGGUAGGAAGAGUAAGAUGGUAAGGAAUGUCAAUGGUGAAGUAAUUCUACAAACAUUUCUCUGCCAUAGAGAAGGUGCUAGAGAUGACAGAUACAACAAUUAUGCAGUUAGAAAGCGUGAACAUAAACCAACUAGCACGUGUGGUUAUUUGGCAAGAAUUCAAGUACAUCUUGACUUCAACACUAAGUGUUGGUAUAUUAAAUUUUUUGAUGAUGUUCAUAACCACAAAUUUGUCGAUGACAAGUAUGAGCGGAUGCUUCCUACACACGGGAAGAUGAACGAAUACAACAAAUACCAAAUGAGGACCAUGAGGAAAUUGGGCAUUCCAACCUCCCAGAUAUAUGGUUUCAGGCAGGAGAAUAUGCAAAGCUUGGUUAUUCUAUGA